CCUGAGGGCGCGCGGGCCCGGGAAGCCCCAAGAGGCGGAGGCGGAGGCGGAGCAGGUCUUCGGGUCCCAGAGUCGCGGCCGCGCGCUCCAGGCGAGAAUCAGGAGGAGGAGCCGCCUGCAAGGAUAGGCCCAGGAGCAAUGGCGUCCAAAGAGGAACAAGUGGUUAAAAAUCUCAACAUGGAAAAUGCCAACCAGGAAAAAGAAAUAAAGGAUGAAAAGGAGCAAGAUGCUAAUAAAGGAGAGCCUGGUGAAUAUUGUGUGCCACGAGGAAAUCGUAGACGGUUCCGUGUUAGGCAGCCCAUCCUGCAGUACAGAUGGGACGGGGGUCAGAGGCUUGGGGAGCCACCGGCAAGGAUGAGACAGGAGAAUAGGGAAAGAGUUGGGGAGGAGAUGAGGCAGCUGAUGGAAAAGCUGAGGGGAAAGCAGUUAAGUCAUAGUCUGCGGGCAGUUAGCACGGACCCCCCUCACCAUGACCAUCACGAUGAGUUUUGCCUUAUGCCUUGAGCUCUGAUGUUUUCCCUGAAGUUGAUAGGGAGAAACAUCUUCCUAAACUUGUUUGUGAUGUACCUUCUUGUAAACCUUUAGUGUUACUUGUUUCCUGUGGGUCUCCCAAUACCAGCUUCUAAUUGAACGUUGUAUUUUGACCCAAAAUUUGUAAGUUUCUGUGAGCAGGGGAGUUUUAUCUAUUGCAUGGAUAGAUGCUCAUUACAUAUUGUGGUUAAUAAAGCAGUUUUAAAA